GCGUAUAGAAAUGGUUUAGGUUAAUUGGAUACGUCCAAUACUCUUUUGAAAUAGUGAUGUUAUUUUCUAAACCUGUCGAAUUGUAGGUCUUUAGCAAGUAUUUUAAGAACACAAAUUUUAAUAAACUGGUAUUUUUAUUCAUCCACAACGGUCAGUUACUACGUAAUUUGCUCUUCCACACAAAUUUUCAAAGCACCGCCCCCUAGUGAUUGCGAACUUGAUGUCGAUGACACCAGAUGGUAUUUAAAUCUCACACUUCUCGUGCCACAUCAGCAAAAGACAACAUAAAUGCACUUCCUGUUAGCCGUAAUAUUCUGGGGAUCACAAAAUUAUUACUUGAAGUAAAUUUUGAAACCUGAAAACGUGUUUAGCUCUCGUAGAAACAAUAAUUUUCUGAGAGAAAAUAUCUUUACACGUCUCAAGCAAAACAGGAAGACGCAAGUGACGUCACACGACUGUGACCUUUUUCAUUGCAUGGGCCCAGCAGCAUGAGUACUCCACAGCAGCAACCAAAAGUUAACCGAGGGAUUGUGAAACAAAUCCUCUCGGGUGAUUCCUUAAUUAUAAGAGGACAACCUAAAGGGGGUCCACCUCCAGAGAAGCAAAUAAAUUUGUCUUAUAUCACUGCCCCAAAAUUGGCCAGAAGACCUGGACCUGGUGGUGGAGAAAUUUCAAAAGAUGAACCAUAUGCUUGGGAAGCGCGUGAAUUUCUAAGAAAAAAGUUGGUAGGAGAGGAAGUUCUCUUUACUCUUGAAAAUUCUCCGAACACCACAAGAGAAUAUGGCAGUGUAUACUUGGGGAAAGAUAUCACUACUGGAGAAAAUGUUACUGAACUCUUGCUGGCAGAAGGCUUGGCAAGUGUCAGAGAUAGUGUGCGGCAAACACCUGAAGGCAAACGUUUGGCCGAAAUUGAAGAAGCUGCAAAAUCAGCGGGGAAAGGGAAACAUGCAUCAGGUGAUCAUAAUGAACAUGUGCGAGAUAUUAAGUGGAACAUUGAGGAUCCAAGAGCGUUUGUUGACAAAUGUGGUGGGAAGCCUCAAAGUGCAGUUAUAGAACAUGUGAGAGAUGGUUCUACUGUUCGUGCUUUUUUAUUGCCGGAUUUCUACCAUAUCACCCUUAUGAUUGCUGGUGUUCGGUGCCCUGGAUUUAAAUUAGAUGCUGAUGGGAAACCGGAUUUGCAAACUAAAGUUCCUCUUGCUGAAGAGGCAAAAUUUUUUGUUGAGCGUGUGUUACUGCAACGAGAUGUGCAAAUUGUCUUGGAAUCAAAUAACAAUAUGAAUUUCGUGGGCUCAAUUAUUCAUCCUUUACUGAGACAAGGAUUUGCUCGUUGCGUGGAUUGGAGUAUGGCGUUCAUGAAAUCAGGAGCAGACAAACUGCGUGCUGCUGAGAGAGAAGCCAAAGAGAAAAAGUUGAGAUUUUGGAAAGAAUAUCAGCCUUCUGGACCUCAGGUUUCUGGUAAAGAAAAAGAGUUUUCAGCCAACGUUGUAGAAGUAAUAAAUGGGGAUGCCCUGCAAGUGAAGUUGGCUGAUGGGUCAUCAAAAAAGAUAUUUUUGGCAAGUAUUCGUCCUCCUCGAGAACAGAGGCCAAGCGAAGAAAAAGGUGGUGAACCAGCUGCCCCUGCUCCAAGACCGAAGGGCUUCCGUCCACUUUAUGACAUCCCUUGGAUGUUUGAAGCACGUGAAUUUCUUCGCAAGAAGUUAAUUAACAAACGAGUGCAUGUUGUGGUUGAUUACAUUCAGGCUGCUCGUGAUAAUUUCCCAGAGAAAAUAUGUUGUACUGUCACCAUUGGCGGACAGAAUAUAGCUGAAGCUUUGGUAGCAAAGGGCUUAGCCACUGUUGUGCGAUACCGACAAGAUGAUGAUCAAAGGUCUUCACAUUAUGAUGAUUUACUGGCUGCAGAGAUGAAAGCAAGUAAAUCAUCUCAAGGUGUACAUGCUAAGAAGAGUAUUCCUAGCCAUCGUGUUAUUGAUAUUUCUGGAGAUCCUACAAAAGCAAAACAGUUCUUCCCAUUCCUCCAAAGAGCCCAGCGCACGGAAGCUGUAGUGGAAUUUGUGACUUCUGGUUCUCGUUUGAGAUUGUAUAUUCCUAAAGAGACCUGUCUCGUAACCUUUUUACUUGCUGGUAUACAGUGCCCUCGUGGAUCGCGACCUGCCCCCUCAGGAGGACAAGUACAGGAGGGUGAACCAUUUGGAGAAGAGGCUCUUCAAUUCACUCGAGAACGCUGCUUGCAGAGAGAGGUAGAGAUCUCAGUGGAGUCCAUGGACAAGGCAGGCAAUUUUAUUGGCUGGCUCUGGGUGGAAACUCACAACUUGUCUGUCCUACUGGUGGAAUCUGGUUUGGCAUCAGUGCAUUUCACUGCGGAGCGUUCAGAGCACUUUCGAGCCCUUAAAAGUGCAGAAGAUCAAGCAAAGAGCAAAAAAAUCAAUUUGUGGAAGAACUAUGUAGAAGUGGAGGAAGAGGAAAAGAAGAUUGAAGAAGAUAGGAAUAUUGAACGUCGAGUAGAUUAUCAGAAGGUCCUGGUUAUAGAAACAACAGAUGAACUACAGUUCUAUGCCCAAAUGGUAGAUCAAGGUACAAAAUUGGAAGCCUUGAUGGGCCGGCUUCAUCAAGAACUUGGUGCAUCCCCGCCUCUGCCAGGGGCUUACACUCCAAAGCGUGGAGAUUUGUGUGCUGCGAAAUUUGUUGAUGAUCAGUGGUAUCGGGCCAAAGUAGAAAAGUUAUCAGGAAAUAAGGCGACAGUCUUCUAUGUGGAUUAUGGCAACCGAGAAAUUGUGGAAACCACUCGUCUUGCUGCGUUGCCAGCUUCAUUUGCUCAAGACAAGCCUUUUGCUCACCAAUAUGGAUUGGCUUGUGCACAGUUACCUCCGAAAGAUAAUGAGUACCAUGAAGAGGCUCUGCAGCAAUUUGGUCAAGAUGUCAAGAACAGACGUUUGCUUUUGAAUGUUGAAUACAAGAACAAUGGAAUAUCAUAUGCUACUUUGGUGGAUCCAGAAAAACCAGAAGAUGAUGUCGCGCGCCUGCUUAUUGAAGAUGGUUAUCUGUUGGUGGAACCUCGACGUGAGAAGCGCUUGCAGAAAUUGGUGCAGGAAUAUCAGACGGCCCAGGAGAAUGCUAAGAAGAACCAUGUCAAUGUAUGGCAAUACGGUGACAUAACUGAAGAUGAUGCUAAAGAAUUUGGGUUGGGUCGCUAGGCUGUUUGUGAACCCCUCAGAGAGAUGAUGUAUUCCAACAACCAGUACCUUGGGAGGAAACACGCUUACAACCAUGCCUCAUGUGAGAACAAAUGUUGGGAAGAAAGUCAGGCAUGCCUUGCCUGUUUAUUUGGCCAAUCUCUGAAUGGAUUGGUCAUUUUAUAUCUAUGCAAUUAUGAAUCCGAGCAAAUAAUUUCACCCAGUGAUAGAGCGUACUGUACAGGUAACCUCAGGAACCAACCUUGCAUACACACUCUUAACCUUGUUCCCAAGCCAAGCAUGAAUUUUUGUAAUGCCAAGAAACUCAUGUCUCAGCCUUUGUGUUAUGAGUGUGAAUGCUUUUGCCCCAAAACAAUUUAUAUAUUUUGUUACUUUGCAAUUAUCUGUAUAUGAAUGGCUCAAUACUUUUUAACAAUUUGUUGCGUCAAAGACUUUGCAUCGUUUUGGGCAAAGUUGUGACAUGACUCGCGGUGAUUAUAUGACAUGAAUGAAUGAAUUUUGUAGAACUCUUAUACAAAGGAAAAUAUCUUGGAAGUGUCAUAUGUCAAUGACACUUGUUGGUGAGAAUAUUGGUUUCCAAGUGUGAUUAAACAUUAUCAAAUCUAAUGGCCGGCAGGGAUCCUAUGUGUCGUACAGACUAUGACUGAUAUGUGCAAGGGCGAAUUUUUUUUUCUUUUAGUACAUAAUAUUAAUUAUUUAUGAAUUUUUUAAAAAUCUAUUUUUCUUGAGGCAUGUCUGUCUUUUGUUUUUGUUGAUUUUUCAUUUUUUUAAAGCGAGAUUUACAGUUGAUUGUUCAGUUGCUACACCUGUACAACUCUUUGAGGGCUGUAAGAUGAUUGAGAACUACUUUUCCUGGUGGAUUUGGGGCUGUUUACAAAAGAUAUUGAAUAAAUCUGUUGAAGGAAACGUUUGCAGUUGUUUUAUUUUGCUAACACUUGGAGCCUAUAAAAACUGCAUGUUCUCUUCAACAUGUUCUUUCAUUUACUUAAGUAACUUGGUUGGACCUGAGCUGUUUUUGCUACAACCUGAAUUCUGAAACUUCAUGUUGGGAAAGUAUGUGUAACGAUAUUAAAGUAUAUUGUGUUCAUAACAAUGCUGUUUUCAGUCACCUUGGGUGUAGGUAGAGGAGCUAGUUGUCUGGGAUUCUGUUUGUGGAUUGUCCUGUGGGAAUAUAUUCUUAUUUUUGUACAUAAGUAUAAUAUUUCUGUUCCUCCUUUCUUUCCUCUUAAUUUUAUUUGUUGUCAUUUCUCCACAUAAUGCAUUUCAUGUUGUGUUCGAAGAAUUUGACUGAUUUUGAAUGAGAGUUCAGCUGAAAUUGAGAUGACUAUUUGUAAUGAAAUGCAGUUUAUUACUGAAUUAUGGCCUUAUAAUUAUUGUGGUGUGUUGGAUUGCCUUCAAGUUAUAUAAGAACUCUGUUAUCAAAUGAUUCUGACCAGCUUCCAGUUAGAGUUAGGGGAUACACAUGUGGUUGGAAUUCUACAUAUGUUAUUGCUGUGGAGAGUGGUUUUGCUAUUUAUGUAGAGAUUUGUGUGCUUGAUUGGGUGCAUGCAAGAGAGUGUGCCUACUUGUGUAAGUAUUUGUGGGGUAUGAAAGUGUAUUUUUAUGUGAAGCCUAUGGUUAUUGAUGGACCAUAUAAUGUGGGUUUUGGGUUCCGAUAUUGUUUAAAAAGGUUUGAGGCUGUGGAUACAUUAUUGCUUCAAGUAUUCUUAAUUUGUCAUUGCUACACAGAAAUUGUGGCCAUUAUGUAAAUCCUUCUCAGGCUUAUCAUUGGAUAUUGUUUAUUUGGGUAGCAUUAAAUAAGUGGCUAUAGUGAUUUAGAAGAAAUGAUUAUUAGACAGAUGGGGUUACCUUCCAUCCAUUUCCGGUUCUUAGGAGACCCCAAGGUAUUCAAAGUCAUCAACUGUCAUUGUUGCUGCUUACCUAUCUGUUGGAUAUGUUCCUCUGUGUGAAAUGGUUUCUUAAAAGCUACAUGCUUGUGUUUAUAUUGAAAUCUGCUAAUUCAAGAUGCCUGUAUCAGUACCAGUUCCAGUGUAUAUGUAACCUCAGAGAAUUAUAUAUACCCAAAUACUUCAAGAGCUUACUUAUACUCGGUCUGUUAUAAUUUAGGUGAAUUAAUUAAUGUCUUUGUACACUGUAAAAUUAGAAAUUCAAUUCUGGAACGUUUGAAAUAUCAGUUUGUUGCUUGAUGCUGAUAUUGUACUAGUAUGAGAAGUAUGUAUAUAUGAAAGACUGUAUAGAAGAUUGCAAUCAGUGCAAUGGUGGUCAUGAUCCACUUUGACCAUUUCCUUUGUGGAGUCCAUGUAUAUGUGUGUGACCCCUCUUUGGCGAAAUAUGCAAAACCAAAUAAGAUUGUUAAGAAUGUCUUGAAAUUUUAUAGUUAUCCCUCUUUGCCAGAGAAAACAAAGCGCCUUGUAGAUUUUGAGAUUAAUCAUUUGAUAGUCCUGUUGGGGGCUUGAAUAAAUUCACUCAUGUAUCAGAAGACAAUGUGAUUUUGAUUGUUGCUUUUAGACAUUGUAAGAAUCAUAUACCUUCUGUGAAUUUAUUAAGGGAUGAACAAGAGCAGGGGAUAGUACACUUUCUUUUCGUUUUAUAGUUGCUGCAUAACUUUCUAAAUGAAAAUUUAUUUUGCAACACUUCAUAUCACAACAUUAACAAGGCAAAAUAUCAUGUAAACAUGACCAUUCAUCCUCUGUAGUGGUAGAACAUCACAUUAACACAUGCAUGGGAAACGUGUGAGGACAUUUAGUGACAUUUUGACGUAGUUAUCUGUGUAUUAGCAAUUCAAUCUAUGUGAUAUUGCUUUACCUGUGAUGAAUGUGGGGUGUGGAAAGAUUCUUCCAAAUACAUUUUCAGAAAGGGACCAGUUAUGUAAUUUCUUAACAUACAAAAGUUAAAAAAAAUGUUACCAUUAUUUAUAAAGAAAGUGAAAUUACUUACUUUACGCUGAAUAAUAUUGGGGUUAAUGUAAUGGGGUAUAUGUAAAAUCUGCAGCUAAAGAGAAAGUUGUAGAACUAUUAUUAAUGUUAAAAAUCAAAGGAAUUUUAGCUUCAUUUCCAAUUAAAUAUCCUUCCUAAAAAUCUUGCAGACAUUUUUCCAAAUCCUUUAAACUUCUUUAUGGUAAUUGUUGGGUAAUUUUAUCUGAAAAAUGAGAGAAAUUUAUCUAAACCAAAUAGUUACUGAAAAUAUGAAGUGUUGCGGAGCAGUGGAAGAGUAGGUAAUUACAUUUGGCAGGUGAUCAUUUGACACUGAGUAUCGAUGACUUGAAUUGUUUCAGGUGUGGACAGCUAUCUGGACAAUUAACAUGCACAUGCACGUGUGUGUGUGUGUACCUAUACACAUAUACAUAAGCUAAUUGUUAUAACCAAGCACAGAAAAGAAUUAGUUCAGGGAUUAGA